AUGGUGCCUAUAUUGGCUGAGCUUAAAGAAAAGGUAUUUCCCACAUUGCAAGACAAUUUCAAAAACAUAGCAUGGUUUGCAGAGAGAGCUAUUUUAGCACCUCGGAAUGAAAGCGUUGAUAAAGUAAACCAUGAACUCCUCCACAUUCUAACUGGACAUGCUUCAACGUUUGUCUCCAUUGAUACUAAUAACGAACAUGCCGCUGUGGAGAAUCCAGUUGAAUUUCUCAACUCUCUACAACCCACAGGACUGCCACCACAUACGUUGUUCCUAAAGAAAGGUGCAUCUAUCAUGCACUUGAGGAAUUUGGAACCAUCAUGA